AUGACAAGUGUAUUAGAGUUGACGAAGGUAGGACAGGAGUUAGGUUACGAAGGAGAGGGGGUUCGUAACUUUGUUAAGGAAGAGCGGCUAGGGAACCCUCACUAUGGACAGGCCCCGUGUUCUCAAGAGAUAAAAGACGGCGGAUGGACAAACUGGGACAGCUGGUCUACUUGUAGUCUAACCUGUGGCGGAGGAAUACAGUCAAGAUCAAGGACAUGCACGAACCCACGGCCCUCUGUUUUGGGUCAGAAUUGUAUUGGAAAUCCUCAUGAGACGCAAACAUGCAACAGUAAAAGAUGCCCACCCGUCGUCUCUGCAUUUUCCGUAGACAGCCCUUUCAACUAUAGCAGUGUCAACGGCACAUAUAAAUUGACAUUCUCAAAUUUUAUAUACCAACAUGGUGGCGAUUUCACAUUGGGAACAGGAACUUUCAAGUGCUCUAAGCCUGGGAUCUAUCAUUUCAUAGUCACUCUUGUUAAAAAAAGAUCAGGCACACGUGUCGAUAUGGUGAGUUGUCAAUUAUACAAAAAUACGUUUCAAAUAGGUUAUAUCCGGGUCGACCCAGCAGAUGACGACACAGAUAAAGGAAACGCUGCUAUAACGGAAUCUUCUAUUGUCCACUUAAACAGGGGAGACACAGUAUAUUUGACUGGCUGCACUAAUCCAACGAGUACAGUUAUGGAACCCUGGACCUCCUUUACUGGAUUUCUCUUGUAUCCGGACAGUUAAAUGCAUUUUGUUUAUAAUACAUAUGUAUAGGACAUGCCAUGUUGUUAUAAUUAACGUAAAACAUUAAA